UCCGCGAUCAGGGCCAUCUUUGGUCGUCCUCGCCGGGUGACAGUGUGCACAGUAUAUUCCACUGGUCAUUAAAGCCUAAUGAUUAAUACAUAAUACUUUGAAACUCUUGAACGAGCCGUUUUAAAAGCACUUGGGCAGAGAUCGGGAACCAACCUCCCCCCAUCACCCUGUGGUUUUCUGUGGACUCACUGGUAUUAUUUCCUUCAAUACCGUUCAUUUCUUGAGGCAAAAAGAGGGCGAGACGGGAGAGGCGGUGAUACAACAUGGAUGAGGAAUAUGAUGUGAUCGUUUUGGGCACCGGACUCACAGAAUGCAUCCUGUCCGGGAUCAUGUCUGUGAAUGGGAAAAAGGUUCUGCACAUGGACAGGAACCCAUACUAUGGUGGGGAGAGCUCCUCCAUCACCCCUCUGGAGGAGCUGUACAAGCGCUUCAAUCUUCCAGAUACUCCGCCGGAGUCAAUGGGCAGAGGAAGGGACUGGAACGUGGACCUCAUCCCCAAGUUUCUCAUGGCCAACGGUCAGCUUGUGAAGAUGCUGCUAUACACAGAAGUGACACGAUACCUGGACUUUAAAGUGGUCGAGGGAAGCUUUGUGUACAAGGGAGGAAAGAUCUACAAGGUGCCGUCGACCGAGACCGAGGCACUAGCUUCAAAUCUGAUGGGAAUGUUUGAGAAGCGAAGGUUUCGGAAGUUCUUAGUCUUUGUGGCCAACUUCGAUGAGAACGACCCCAAGACCUUUGAGGGCGUGGACCCCAAAACCACAACGAUGAGGGAUGUUUACAAGAAGUUUGACCUCGGCCAGGAUGUCAUUGACUUCACUGGCCACGCCCUGGCCCUCUACAGGACAGAUGACUAUCUCGAUGUCCCCUGUUUGGAGACGGUCAAUCGCAUCAAGCUGUACAGUGAAUCUCUGGCCCGGUAUGGGAAGAGCCCCUACCUCUACCCCCUGUACGGUCUGGGAGAACUGCCGCAGGGAUUUGCCAGAUUGAGUGCAAUCUAUGGAGGCACCUACAUGCUGAACAAACCAGUGGAUGAGAUAGUGAUGGAAGGUGGCCACGUGGUUGGAGUGAAGUCUGAGGGCGAGGUGGCUCGUUGUAAGCAGCUCAUCUGCGACCCCAGCUACAUCCCUGACCGCGUCCGCAAGGCGGGUCAGGUGAUCCGUGUGAUCUGCAUUCUCAGCCACCCCAUCAAAAACACCAAUGACUCCAACUCCUGCCAGAUCAUCAUUCCUCAGAAUCAGGUUAACCGCAACUCAGACAUCUAUGUGUGCAUGAUCUCCUAUGCUCACAAUGUGGCAGCCCAGGGGAAGUACAUUGCCAUCGUCAGCACCACAGUGGAAACCAGCGAGCCCGAGGCUGAGAUAGAGCCGGCCCUGGAGCUGCUGGAGCCCAUCGACCAAAAGUUUGUGGCUAUUAGUGACCUUUAUGAGCCCACAGAUGACGGCACUGAGAGCCAGGUCUUUGCCUCAAGGUCCUACGAUGCCACCACUCACUUCGAGACCACUUGUAACGACAUCAAGGACAUCUACAAACGUAUGACCGGGAGCGACUUUGACUUUGAGAACAUGAAGCGCAAACAGAACGAUGUGUUUGGGGAGGAUGAGCAGUGAGCGGUAGAGGGGCUUCCGAGAGAGGGCGGGGCUGGGGGAGGAGGCGGGGCGAAAAGGGGCAAAAGAGGUGGCAGAGCCUGCGGUAGAGGGCUGGGGUCUGCCUGAGCAGUCCUUUAAAAACAAAUGGGCGGGAGGUGUGAGCGUGGCGGAGAGGGUGUGCUUCUGGGCUCUGCCUGCCCUCAGCCGUUUGCCUCCUUUUCCUUACUUCCCUCUCUCUCUUGACACAUGUUCAAAACACAUAAAUGCUCACAAACACACACAUACACACUGUUCAAAAUACUCACACGCCUUCUCUCUGUCACCGAAAAGCAGGGUUGAUAUGGUCUUUCAUUCCAUUGUAGAAUUUACAGUAUAAUCAUGUCUUAACUAUUAUCAUUAGAGGUGAAUUUAUUACUUGUUGUUGGCGAUUUUCAAAGCAUUUCAUUCUUUCUGUAACGUCUUUCUCCUCAUAUCAGAGGUUGGGUGGAGGGAGGAUUGAUGGCAUUGAGAGAUCCAGACUGCGAGCUCUGACAUGAGAGAUCUGUAAUGGCUUAGUGUAGAAUCCUCUGGAAGGGUCACCUCCAGUUGACAUGCAUGCAUCUUUUACACACAGUAGUAUUGUACAUAGACUCAAAUGACACUGCUGUAUGAAGGCUGGACCAUCCCACGUAUCGCUCCUGUCAACCCUGCUUUCACUUUUCUCUUACUUGGUCUUUUACCUGUGUUACUUCAAAAGACGCCGCUCCUUUUGGCAAAAUCUGUUGGUCAGGCAAAAAAAAUGUGAUGAAAAAUUACAUAUAAAUGGGCUGUUCUGUCAACUGAUAGUGCUCACUUUGCAAUGCUGUUGUGUUCCCUGUGCUAGCAGGCAAGCUAACCAGUGGCUAUUAACUGUCACACCCCCCCCCCCCCC